GUGACCGGGUGAGGACUUCUUUAUAAAAGAAGCCGGCAAGGGACCGUCCAAGGUUUCAGGCUCAUCUUCGCAUCGUCGUCGGAGAAUUGUUGUCGUGACGAGUUGUGCGUUUUCUUUUUCUUCGGAUUACAAAACGAUCGACGCGAAUCUCGACCGCAAUGAAGAUUCUGCUGAUCACGGUUGUCGUCUGCGUCUUCGCUGCUACGGAUGCAAGUCGGAGGAGCACCAGACGGCAACAAUUUACCGACUGGAGGAACUGCAUGGUGGAGCAGCUGCCAUCAGAGAAAAAACCUAUCUACGACGCAUGCUAUAACAGGUCGAGGGGUACUGAUAUGCACAAGUUCCGAGAAGGACUGAAAUGCGUCCUCACUGACUACAACUUGCUCAACGGAACGAAGAUAGACCUCGCUGCUAUGACAACCCGCGCUUCCUCUGUCUCCGGAAAGCUUGGACAAGCAUUCACCGAUUGCCCCAAAGACGAUCAUAACAGGAAUGCUGCAAAGGGUGUCAAGUGCAUCAUUGACCGUUUGGAAACAGAUUGCCCUGUACCAACUGGUAGCACUGCUCACUAACACCUGUGAUUCAACGAAAGUCUUUCAAAUGAACAUAAAAGAACCCGAUGCACCCUCGGUCUGGUGCAUGGUGCCUACGCCGAGAAACGUGGAACAGCACUCAUAUGCCUAUUACAUCGAAUAAAACUCAGCAAUCAUCCCAA